CAGUUUCUUCUUCCUUUGUUCUUCUCCCUCUAGGCAACGCCACCUGCUCGCUUCCUCCUUCCCUCGCGCAUUUCAUGGAUGAAAUGUACGUAAUCCACUCCACUGGAGAGUACGCCUUGAACAAGCCGUUGAUGUCGUUGCUGGGUAGUCUGAUCGUACCUUCAGAUUACCACGCCUUGUUUUGCUCGUCGAGUCAGGUUCCGAUGUUUGGAUCCGAUGAGUUGCUCUCUGCUGCUUCGUCCAUAUCUGAAGCUACCUCCAUCAUGCCUGAAAUUCAACCGGAAGAAGACAUGUCCUUAGUAGAUCUGCAAAUCGCUUUAGAUCUACGCCAAACUCUGGCCAUCCAUGGCUCUCCUUUGACUGCUUCCUCCGUUUCUUUCCCUUUUUAUUUCUCUCUCCGUUACUGAGAUCCGGUUCUCAGAGAUCCACUUCGACAACCGCCCCAUAAUCCCUUUUGAUAAGUUUGGAUUCACUCACACUGGACGUCUUGAGCUCACCGUCUCCAACAUUGACCUCUCGAAUCAAAAACCUUGAUCUUU